CAAAAUAAUAGCCUCUUGUUUCUGAUAAAAUAUUGAUUUUGGUUACUGCACUGGGCUGUUGAGUACAAUCACUUCAAAAAUAGCAAGUUUGAGAUUUAUCUCACCUUAAUUGCUUAUGUCAUUUCCUUUUGUAUAUUCUUCCUUAUUCAUUCACAAAGAGAAAAGGAAGGACAGAGAUAAUAAGAGGAUACAGAAAGUUAGGCAACAACUAGGGCUUCUUGUUUGCAAUGUUGGCUUGUUAGUAAGAUGUAAUGCUGCCUUCCAAAACAGCAGCUAUGGAGAUCAAAUCUUACCAGAAUCAGGCUGGAGCUCUUCUUAAGGAAUAUGUGCUAGCAGAUUAUUUUAUACCCUAUGCUUCGAUUAUCGGUGGUCUUGUUGCUUGCAAGAUGGUCUAUGAUCUUACUCAGUUGAUCAGUGCAGUUCAUUUUAAGAGCUUUUCCAGCCUUUCAAAAGUCCAACGUAAUGAGUGGAAUAACCGGUCUAUAUCUACUUUCCAUGCCAUUUUUAUUACAGUUAUGUCAUUAUACUUCGUGUUCUGGUCUGAUCUUUAUUCUGAUGAACUACUUGCGGGCUUUGUUACAUUUCGGAGCUCAUCACUAUCUACAUUUUCUUUGGGGGUAUGA